AUGGAUGCUGCCAAAGUUCGGUCCAUUUGGAUUAAAAAUGAAACCAUUGACGCUAGUUUAGAAAAACAAUAUACUGACGAAGCAAUGAAAUGGAGGAAUGUAUUGAAAAGGUUGAUAAAAAUUAUACUUUCCAUAACAGCAGGAAAUUGUGCUUUAAGAGGAAAUGAAGGAAGCCUUAAAAUCAAGAAUGCCACCGAAGGAAACUUUUUAAGAACAGUUCGAUUACUCGCAGAGUUUGAUCCUAUUCUAAAUAGUAUUUUACAUGACGAAAAUCAAAAAAUUAAGUAUCUAAACUCUACUCAAGACAUAACCAAACAAGACCAAGUUAGUCUUGUAAUUCGUUAUACCACAUUAGAUUUUGAAAAGAAACAAAUACAAAUUAAAGAGUCAUUUCUUGGUUUUUAUUUACUAUCCCAUCAUAGUGCAGCAAAUUAUGUGGAACUUUUACAAAAAACUUUAAUGAAAUUGGAUUUAAAUAUUAUGAAAUGUCGGGGUCAAGGGUACGAUGGGGCAGCAGUGAUGAGUGGUUCAAUAACAGGUGUUCAAAAACGAAUUUGUGAUAUUGUGCCCAACGCUACGUUUGUUCAUUGCUGUUCCCAUAAUAUAAAUUUAGUUUUAUGUGAUGCUGCUAAAAGUUCAAGGAAAAUACAAUCAUUUUUUGAUAGUGUGCAAGACAUUUAUAAUUUUUUUAGCUCAAGUUCACCAAGAUGGGCUCAGCUAGUCUUUGGUGAAGAGUACGGGAUGAAAAUAAAUAAAAUAACUUUAAAAAAAGUGUGUCCUACUCGGUGGGAAGCAAGACAUAAUGCUUUAUUUUCAUUAAAACAUAGGUUUGUUGAUGUUUUGAAAGCUCUUUCUAAUAUCCAGCUUUCAAGUUCCAAAAAAGAUGAAAUAAAUAUGGCUACAACUUUAAAAAAAAAAAUGGAAAAUGCUGAAUUUGUAAUUAUCCUAUGUAUAUGGAAACCCAUUUUAAAAUCUUUACAAGUGGCCUCAAAGAGUAUGCAAUCAGUAAAUUUAAGCUUACAAAGAGCAUCAACACAAUUAGAAAGUGCUAUUUUAAUUAUAGAAAAGUUGCGGAAUCAAUAUGACCAAAUAUUAGAAGAUUCAAGAAAUCCACAAGCAAAUUCCUCCAACUCAAAUGAUGUAAUAAAUAACUGGUUUUGUAGUGUUAAUGAUGAAUCAAAUAGUGAAGAAAAUAAUUUGGAGGUUGAUGAUACUAGUGCAAAUGUUGAUGUUACUGAAUUGUCGAUAAUACUUUCAAAUUCAAAUUAA